AAUACGUCAUUAUCAACUGUUAUAUUUCUUUAUUGAUAAUCGAUUAUUUGAAUAACUCUAGACAUUUAUUAAUAAGAGGUAGAUUUAUUUCAUCCGAUGGAUUCAGAGUAUGUGAAGCGGGUUUUGGGUCGAUGUCUGGCGGAGGGUCUCAGUGAACUGCUCGAACUGAAGCCGCCGGAUCCCAUUGAGUUCCUCUCACACUGGAUACUCCAAUAUAAACACAACCAGGAGCUCAUGAGAGAGAGAUCCGCUCAUCAACAGCAGUUAGAAGAGGAGCAGGAGCACGUGAGAGAGGAGUCACUCCAUCAGAAACUCCUGCAGGAGGAGCAGAACAAAAUCACAGCUGCACAGGAGGAGCUCAUGCGCACAGAAGAGCCUGUAUCAGAACCAGCACAUGAGAAAUCCAGUCCUGAACAUCUGCCCCCUGUAAAUGUGGGAGAUGAUGAGGUCACCAUUGAUCCUGGAGACCCGACGCCCACAGAUCAGACUGAAUCAGAUACAGUGAUGGAGGCAGUGAUGGAGAUCCCAGAGAGAUCAGAUCCACCACAGCUGAAUAACAGCACUGCAGAAGAACAGAAAGUAAAUAAUGAAGAAUCAGAUGAAGAUGCUGGUCAACAAACCUCAGACAUUGUGAACCCAGAAGAAUCACUUUCUGAAGAGCAGGACAGAGAUGCACAGCUGAAAGACAAGAGUGAAGUAGAUGUGAAUCCAGAGAAUGAAGCUGAACCAGAUGAAGAUUCUCACGAGAGACAGACAGAAACAGAGAUUCAUCCAGACCGUCUACAGAGUACAGAGAGCGAGCACGCAGACAGACCAGAGACUGAAGACACGGCAGUGAGACAUGAGGAGUCAGCUGACCCCGAACCACAGUCUGAAAGAGAGGAGGAAGAUGAAGACGAGGAGUGAGACUAAACCUUAACGGAUCUGUAUGGUGUCGUGACAGUCGAUCUGUGUUUGUCAUCGCUGAAUUAAUGUUAUGUAUCUUAAUAUUAAAUAAUAUUUGUG